AUGUCGCGGAGGCUGCUGCCCCGGGCGGAGAAGCGGCGGCGGCGGCAAGAGCAGCGGCAGCAACUGGAGGAGCCGCAGGAGCAUCAGGAACCACAGCAGCUGCAGCGGCGGCGCCGGCGGGCAGCGGGAGCCAUGGUGAAGAUGGCGGCGGCGGGCGGUGGCGGCGGCGGCGGUCGUUACUACGGUGGAGGCGGAGGAGGCGGUGGUGGCGGCAGCGAGGGCGGCCGGGCCCCAAAGCGACUAAAGACGGACAACGCUGGCGAGCAGCACGGAGGCGGCGGGGGAGGAGCCGGGGCGGCGGGCGGCGGCGGCGGCGGCGGAGGGGAAAAUUACGAUGACCCCCACAAAACCCCAGCUUCCCCGGUCGUCCACAUAAGAGGCCUGAUUGAUGGUGUGGUGGAAGCUGAUCUUGUGGAGGCCUUGCAGGAAUUUGGGCCUAUCAGUUAUGUGGUGGUGAUGCCUAAAAAGAGGCAGGCUCUGGUGGAGUUUGAGGACAUCCUGGGGGCCUGCAACGCUGUGAACUAUGCAGCGGACAACCAGAUCUACAUUGCCGGCCACCCUGCCUUUGUCAACUACUCCACCAGCCAGAAGAUCUCCCGGCCCGGCGACACAGACGACUCCCGGAGUGUCAAUAGUGUGCUUCUCUUCACUAUCCUGAAUCCCAUCUACUCCAUCACGACGGAUGUCCUUUAUACCAUCUGCAACCCUUGUGGCCCUGUCCAGAGAAUUGUCAUCUUUCGAAAGAAUGGAGUCCAGGCCAUGGUGGAAUUUGACUCCGUGCAGAGUGCUCAGCGAGCCAAAGCGUCCCUCAAUGGGGCUGACAUCUAUUCUGGCUGUUGUACCCUUAAGAUUGAAUACGCUAAGCCGACGCGUCUGAAUGUAUUCAAGAAUGAUCAGGAUACCUGGGACUAUACCAACCCCAACCUCAGUGGACAAGGUGACCCUGGCAGCAAUCCGAAUAAGCGUCAGAGACAGCCUCCUCUCCUGGGAGAUCACCCCGCAGAAUAUGGUGAGGGCAGGGGGUUCCCCUCCGUGGACUCCCGUGGCUCAUGCGACCCUGCCCGCCGUCCGCCCCGCAAAUUCUCACCCGUCCUCCCUCUCUUUCCUUCCCACCCCCCAGGAGGGCCUCACGGUGGGUACCACAGCCAUUACCAUGAUGAGGGCUACGGGCCCCCUCCACCUCACUACGAAGGGAGAAGGAUGGGCCCACCAGUGGGGGGCCAUCGUCGGGGCCCAAGCCGAUAUGGCCCUCAGUAUGGCCACCCCCCGCCCCCUCCCCCACCGCCUGAGUAUGGCCCCCACGCAGACAGCCCUGUGCUGAUGGUAUAUGGCCUUGACCAGUCCAAGAUGAACUGUGACCGGGUAUUCAAUGUCUUCUGUCUCUACGGCAAUGUGGAGAAGGUAAAGUUCAUGAAGAGUAAGCCGGGGGCUGCCAUGGUAGAGAUGGCGGAUGGCUAUGCGGUGGACAGAGCAAUCACUCACCUCAACAACAACUUCAUGUUUGGACAGAAGCUGAACGUGUGCGUUUCCAAGCAACAGGCUAUCAUGCCAGGCCAGUCCUAUGGCCUGGAAGAUGGGUCGUGCAGCUACAAAGACUUCAGUGGCUCACGCAACAAUCGGUUCUCAACCCCGGAGCAGGCAGCUAAGAACAGGAUCCAGCACCCCAGCAAUGUGCUGCACUUCUUCAACGCACCCCUGGAGGUUACUGAAGACAACUUCUUUGAGAUCUGCGAUGAGCUAGGAGUGAAGCGGCCUGCUUCGGUGAAGGUGUUUUCAGGGAAAAGUGAAAGAAGCUCCUCAGGCCUAUUGGAGUGGGAGUCCAAGAGUGAUGCUCUGGAGACCCUGGGCUUCCUGAACCAUUACCAGAUGAAGAAUCCAAAUGGUCCGUACCCCUACACCCUGAAGCUGUGUUUCUCCACCGCUCAGCACGCUUCCUAAUUGCACACCCAGGAUGAGGCCCAAGCAGGAAGCCCACCCUCCUUUCCUUUCUGCUGUUUUUUGCAAAGUUCUUGUAUUCCUUUUCUAAUGCUAGUUUUAGUAGAGGCUUAACCAUAAUGGAAACCCUGCAAGUUUGGAGAGAGGGGCGUCUCCAUCUCCAAGAUUAACCUUCACUUUUUGAAAUUAUUGUACAUGUGAUUUUUUUUUCCUGUUCAUACAUUUGUGCUGCCUGCCCCUGUGCUUCCAGCACAUUUCAAUAAAAUUGUUUGGAAAAUAAACGUUGUGGUUAUAUGACCAAA